CUUAUCAGUUUUAUUUUUUAUUUGUUUUUAUUUCUUUGUUUGAAACAGUCUUCAAUUUCAACUUAAUGUAAAUUUUAAUAUGGCUAACGAACGUGAUAAAAUAUUUAAAUCAUGGUCAGGAAUCAGUGAACUAGCCCUUAUAAAGGAAGUGGCUACCAAAGGCGAGCACAUAAACCUGUGCAUAUCUUACUGGGCCCAAAAAAGAAAAAUGUCUGUAAAUGAGUACGAGGUUUUUUUUCACGAUAUCGUCCAGACCUAUGUGAAGAGACUUUUAAACGAACGUCUAGUGUGUAAGGCGGAGACAGUCCUGCGUAAUGUUCAAAGGGAUGUUAAAUAUUUCUAUUAUCAGUUUGCUUGUGAGUGCACUGAUCCAGAACUACGUGAGUUGCUCAUGGAACACUUGCGAAAAAAAGACCCCCAUGGGUUUGAAAAAGAUAUUCAGGAACUACGAUUCUAUUGGGAACUACUGCAAAAGAUUAAAUGCUCCGAAAAGAUAAUGUCUCGAUUGAAGCAACACUUAAGGCGUGUAAAUAUGGAAUCAAUUAUGGGCAUGGACACUGCCACCCUUCAUCAUAUCAUGAUUGAAUUGUACUUCGAGACUGGAGAUGAAAGCUUAUUAUGUGAAAUAAAUAAAUUUAUAAUGUGGAAUUUCCUGGUAGAAUCAAACCAGGAUCAACAGAUUAUACUUUGGUGUAAACAAGUGCAUAGAAACAAUGCAACUAACAUAUUUGCCUCAGAGGUUUCGGCCUUGGAAAGAAAAUAUAGUCAAUGGCCAAUAGAAUCAGAAAUGUACGAACACGCACUCUCUGCUCUAAAAAACAACAGAGACGAGGUUCUCCGUAAUUUCUUUGCAGCAGAAGGAUUCUUUUUUCCCGAUGAACGUGAUAACAUAGAAAUUGUACUUCGACGUGUCUGUAUUACCAAUAGUGUGGAUGUUAAUCGAAGUACUAUAAAAACUUUUCAUUUUGGACGUUUCAUAUUUGAGAGAGAAUUUUUCUAUCUGCUUCUAAAAGAUUUUGUUCCUGCCAGACAACUUGAAGAAUUGGCUGAAGAAGAGAGCAAUACCGGCUUGUUAAUAAAACUAUUGCUUACUCUUAAAACAUUUUCUCUGGAAAACUUGGAAGGGUUUAAAAAGAUAAAUUUCGCGACCACAAUUUACAUUGAAGCACUUAAUGGCAGAGAAGAGGCGAACAAUUGCCUUUUGGCAACGUUUUUUGAGUUUCUUGCAAAUCAACCGUCUCUUGUUAAUCUGCAAUGCGCGAUAACAUCUGGAAUGCUAAAAUCAUUAAAAUAUUUAAAAAUAACACCGCAUCAAUACAACGAAAGCAACUCUACUCUCAUGCAACACAAUUUGCCGAGAAUUUCCGACUUGCUGAACAAAUUUUUGGCAAUCGACAUAAAUCGUUUGAAUAAAGAUUCCAAGGGUUUUAAAAAGGCCAUGCUUGCGGAUGAUGGUAACAGAAAAAAUCAUUAUCUUAACUUUGUACACUACAUAAAGCAAAAUAGAAGUACAUAUGCUGUAUAUCUGAUGCUUAUCGAGCAAUUGCAAAGCUACUCCCAAAUAACUAAAACCCAUUUGUUUACAACAUGUGAAAGUGUCUAUGAAGUGGCCCUACAAACUCAAAUUUCCGAUUACGAUGUAAUAAGUCACUGCAUAGCGUUUUGCGAAGUUUUGGGUUUCGAUACCCAACAGCUGAGGUGUAUUCUUAAGUUAAAAAAAUAUUUGCAAAAGAAUGAUUCCGUCUUACCAUCGGGCCAUAGGGACAUUGCAUAUGUGGUAACAGAAGGCGAGCGUUUAUUAAUGAAACAGUUGUCAAAGGCUGAUGCUGAUGACACAGGCAGAUUCCCUUUAAACUUGUAUAAUGCAAUAAUGACGUGCAAAUCAUCUAUUCUUAACCGUUCUCCAAGCAGGAGCAUUAACUCGUUGGCAAUGCAACAUUACGCCGCUAACAAUGAUUACUGGCAUUUGUUGGUUCUUUGGCAUUACUUUGAAAUACCUUUGGAACAAAUAAAAUACAUGGUUAAGUAUUUUAAUAUAUUCACUAUUGGUGAUCAUUUAUUAAGGGCCUUGUCGUUUAGUGGCGCAAGCACGGAGGGAAAUGUCUUAAAGCGACGCUCCAGUCUAACAAAACGUCAAAUCCAAUCAAGUAAAACAAAAAAGGAUGAGAAACGUGGCACAAAUACGUCAAUUGAAACAAUGACUUCCUCCGUGGCAUCGGGAAAUGAAAUGCCAGUUGGUGCAGAAUGUAGUUCUGUCACAAAUCAAAAUAAUUUUGUAGUCAAUUGCACUAAUGGAGGACCUGAUAUUUUUGCCUUAAUUCUGCUAAAUAUGAACUCGAACGCCGACAAUGAACAAAUCGAAAAUAUGAAUAAAUUUUUGGAAAUCAUGCAGAAGUACAAGUGCUCAGAACAUCGCGAAGCCUCAACUGUUAUAAAAUUUUUGAGCACUGCGGUUGAACAGUCUUUGCCAAUAAUGGCACUAUUAGCAGCAUCUGUUAGUAGUAUAGAAGAAAAAAACACGAUUCUAGAUUGGUGUUGGCUGGUGUGGUUAGUGGUCACUACUGAGCAGUGGAAUAGCCUUGCACGGCUUGCCGUUGAUAAUGGAUCUCAAGAAUUUCCCUGGAAUCUAUUUGAUUAUCUAGUGGUGCAAAGUCAAAUCUCAUCAAUAGUUAGAAGUUUUCAAUUGUUCUACCCUAACAAUGCUUUAAUCCACCUGUUUCGUUUCCUGCAUAUGUCCAUGCGAAAUGAAUUCGGUGAUGACACCGUUCAUGAAAUGCGUUUAUAUUGUUUAGCCUGGAGCAAUGAGGAGAUCCGAUUGCCGCUUUGUUCAUGGCCACAACGUGAAAAAUUGAUGAAACGCACCAUUCGCACAUUGCUUUUACAUAUUCAGAAUAACUUUGAAUCUGCUUUCGAUCAGUUACAAUUUUUAGCUUGUGUUUGUAAAUCGGGAUUAAGUGAUAUAACGGGUCAAAUGGACUUUUGCUUGUUAAAGCAUUUUUGCGAUAUUCUAAUGACCAUAAAUGGCGCAGCACAACGUUUUCCCAUUAACUUUGUACAACUAUUGACGAAUGAGGAGGAUGAUGUAAAGGAAUAUGAGCGAAUUCUUGGUUGUGUUCUAGCUGCCAAAGAGUACGAUGUAGCUUUACGCUUGGCCGCCUUGCUUCACAAACCGAUAAGUGAUAUUAUCUACAGCAAAUGGGUUACAUCAUUAGAGAUGCAGUUAGCUGUUCCGUCUGCUGCCACAUUUGAUGACUAUCAUUUUCCAUUCGAACAGUAUGAACAUGAAGUGUCUUCGCAUUCAUUGCCGCCCGAAACUCUUGUAAACUUUCUGCUGUAUGCCUCGUCUCAUUUGCCAACAGGUGCCUUCAAAUCGCGUUACUAUGUCUUACAAAAGGCACUAAAUGUCAUCAAGCAUCAUCAUUUAUUUCCUAAUGAAUCAUUUGAUCGCGAUCAAAUCGAAUACGAUAUGAUUGUUAACUAUCUGUGCCUUGAGGAUGAUUCUGAAGUAUUGGCUUCCCUACCAUUGUAUCAUUCCGAAUAUUUCGAAGAAAUCAUGUUAUAUGAGAGAAGAGUGUUAUAUAAAACCUUUUUGGAACUUAAAGAACUGGCCGGCAUUGACGAUCUAAAUAUAAGCAAUAAACAUGAACUUAAAGAUUCGCAUAGGAAACGACUGGAGUCUCUUUUGCAUCGUUUAUUGGAGGAGGGUGACAUUGUUGAGGCCUUGCGGCUACAAGAGCUUUUCGAUAUAAGACCUUUGGAUUUGCGUUUUAUUGUGUUUUGUAUGGCCUUAGCUGAAUCGAUGUCAUCUAUUUAUUGUAUGUCGGCAGACGAGCGUCAAUUGCUGGGCGAAACUGAACGUUCCUCUUUUUCAAAAUUUACAAGAAGAACCCUAUGUUCCGUUCCUGGUGGCGUUGCCGGUUAUUUAUCUGAUAGCUGUUCAACAUUGGAAUUCGAGGAGAUUCCUUCAAAAGAGAAACAAGAAACCCUGGCAGUUUUGCAGGGAAUAGCAUCAAAACUUAAAUAUGGGGUAAAUUUGGCGAAGCGCAUAAUAAGCUGUUACCGUGCCGCCAUGUACUUGGAUAAAGACUAUACGGACGUGUUACGCACCAAAGACGUACAUGUGUUGCUUCAAAGUAUAGCUGAAGAAGGUUGCCUCCAUCGUUUGCUAGUAGUCAGCGACAUAUUGACCUCCACCCAUAUGGAAUCUAAGGAGAUAGCUGAAUUGUUGUCCUAUGAAAUCACAACAGCUGUGGUAAGACCUCGUUUCUAUAUAUUUAGUCCCGAUCAGAAUGCCAAAGCACCAUUUCGCAAUGCUGACUUAUGGGGACACAACAUCGAUCGUGAUUUGCAUUUGUUUCUUGAAUUAACCCCGGACCGCACUAAGCUUGGAGCUUGUCUUCUAGAAUACUGCGAUGCUCUGAAAAUCUAUCGCAGGUAUCAAGACAACAAGCCAUAUGACGCAAACAUAUAUUUUCAACAUCUGGCCAAUAUAAUAGCACGCUAUGGAUUACCUAGCAACAAUGGCGAAAUUAAUGAUUUGAAUUCCGUUAAUUCUAAUCAAGGCCGCCCAUCGCAGGUGCUCUCUCAUAAGAAGCAAAAUAUUAUUUACGUUGAGCUAUUGAUCAAGGCCCAUCAAGCUUUUGUGCACGAAUGCUCGAUGGAGGGCAUAGCAAAUGUACUAAGUCGUGCCAAAGCUUUGAACAACGUUCUCGCCCAGGCAAAAUCAUGGUCAUUAAUUGUGAGAAUGCUGACUGGUAUUGGGCGCUAUCGGGAGAUGUACUUUUGUUUUUAUACCCUCAUCGCAAAUGAGCAGUUCGAAUCAUUGCUUGGACAAUUCGACGAAGAAAAGACCAUUGGUUUAAAGCAGGCCAUUUUAGCCUAUCUGCGUGAAUAUUGCGCGCCCAAGCAAGGCAAGGAGCUUUUCAAACUGGCUGCAUUGCAUUUUUUAAUGUACAAAGACUUGGCUGAAUUGUGGGAGCAAGAUGCCGAAGAAAUUUUGAAUCAUAUCCAUAAUACAAUGAGUAUAUCAGACGAUGGUGGUGCUGCUACUGGUCUACGAUAUUUGCGCUGCACUCCCGACGUUAUAAAUCAGCUAUCAGAAUCGCUACAAUACUAUGUCCAUGCAACUGAGAAUUAUUUGCUUGAUAAUAAGCUCCGGCUAGCCCAGAAGAGUGCCGCUAAAGCCGAAUUGACCGCAAUGCAGAUUGACUUGGCUAACAAGAGUCUGGAGAAUCCGCCAACAUCGAAUAGCAAUCAUUUAUGUUUGUGUGUAAUUCAGCUGAAAUCGGGACAGCACUUCAGGACAUUGGUAAAUGAUAAAUUGAGUGUCCCUCAAGCACUUAUAUUCAGUCGUGCCUAUGGUUAUGAUAUCAACUGGUCUGAGGCGUUGCUAUCCCAAUAUAUAAUUCAAACAAAACAAACAUAUUUGGAAGAAUUUUUGCAAGAACUCGAAAUAACAGAUGACUGCAUCGAAAACGUAGUAAAAGGCUUUCAAAUUUAUGCCAAACAACAGAGAAUUACCAAGCAAAUGGAUGAGCACAUUGCUCAGAUGGUUGAACUAGUAUCAUCCGUCAGCCUAAAAUACAAGUUAGCGUCAGUUUUAACGCUUAAAUCAACAAUAUUAUCAUUAAUCAAUAAUGAUAGCAUACAUUUUCUUAGAGAUAAAACACCGAAAACUACACCUAAAUUCGUGAACUGAUGAUGUAAAGAAUGAAACAUGUAUAUCUAAAUAAGACUGCGUACAUCUUUUUUAUGCUUUUUAAAAUUUAUUAUUAAUUACGGUAUUAUAUUAUAUAUAAAUUAAAAGAAUAUUAUCAUGUUAUAAAAUAUACAUGUUUAUCCUGUUAUUCUCAAA